GACCAUCCUGUUCUUCUCUCUUCCAUUUCUUGGGAUAUCCUUCAAACCAUUUGCCGGGUUCAGCCUCCGUUCUGCUCCGUAGUAGAUAUUCAGUGAGAUCAGUGAGCCAGUGACCUUGGUAAGUGCAGUGCAGAAGCAAGUUUACUUGCACAGCAAGUUGCCAGUGCAGAAGAAGAAGAAGCUCCGGCUUAACGGCAGCUUCCGAAGUUCCCACUGCCCACCACCGCCCUCCUUCCAUCCGAGCUCUAUUCCUCCCUACUCUUCCUCAACUAUCCUUAUCCCUCGGUUUCCCCGGUUCCUCCCUCUUUCCCCCCCCCUUUCCUCCCCAGAUAUUCGGAACAAUUAACUGCGAUGUCGUCUAUCCGAUUCACUUCCGCUUUGGCGCGCCGUCCCAUCGCCGCCGCCGUCGCUGCCCCUCCUCUGUCGGCCCCUCGUCGCUUACUUUCUUCUACCUCUUCCUUUUCUUCUCCUACUUCUUCUCCUUCUUCCUCUCUUGCCUCUGCCCGCUCUCUUAGAUCUAUCGCAUCUGUCUCUCCCCGUGUCUCUACUACUGCUUCUCCCCGCUGGUCCGGUCUUUCCUCCAUCAAUUUGACUCAAUCCCGCACCAUGGCUACCGAAUUCACCAAGAUCAAGGUCAAGAACCCCGUCGUAGAGCUCGACGGUGAUGAGAUGACCCGUAUCAUCUGGAAGGAGAUCAGAGAGAAGGUGAGUCUGCCUUACCUUGACAUCGACCUCAAGUACUACGAUCUUGGUCUUGAGUACCGUGAUCAGACCGACGACAAGGUCACCGUCGAGGCCGCUGAGGCCAUCAAGAAGUAUGGUGUUGGUGUCAAGUGCGCUACCAUCACUCCCGAUGAGGCCCGUGUUGAGGAGUUCAAGCUGAAGAAGAUGUGGCUGUCCCCCAACGGCACCAUCCGUAACAUCCUCGGCGGUACCGUCUUCCGUGAGCCCAUCAUCAUCCCCGCCAUCCCCCGUCUUGUCCCCGGAUGGACCAAGCCCAUCAUCAUUGGCCGCCACGCUUUCGGUGACCAGUACCGUGCCACCGACCGCGUCAUUCCCGGCCCCGGAAAGCUCGAGCUCGUCUACACCCCUGCCGGCGGUGAGGCUGAGACCAUCAACGUCUACGACUUCCAGGGUGGUGGCAUUGCCCAGACUCAGUACAACACUGAUGAGUCCAUCCGCGGAUUCGCCCAUGCCAGUUUCCAGAUGGCCCUGCUCAAGGGUCUUCCUCUGUACAUGAGCACCAAGAACACCAUCCUGAAGAAGUACGAUGGUCGCUUCAAGGACAUCUUCCAGGAGAUCUACGAGGCUACCUACCAGAAGGACUUCGAGGCCAAGAAGAUCUGGUACGAGCACCGUCUCAUUGACGACAUGGUCGCCCAGAUGAUCAAGAGCGAGGGUGGCUUCGUCAUGGCCCUCAAGAACUACGACGGUGAUGUUCAGUCUGACAUUGUCGCUCAGGGCUUCGGCUCCCUCGGUCUGAUGACCUCCACUCUGGCCACCCCUACCGGUGAGGCUUUCGAGUCCGAGGCUGCCCACGGUACCGUGACUCGUCACUACCGCGAGCACCAGAAGGGCCGUGAGACCUCCACCAACCCCAUUGCCUCUAUCUUCGCCUGGACCCGUGGUCUGAUCCAGCGUGGCAAGGUCGACGAGACCCCCGAUGUUGUGGCCUUCGCUGAGGCGCUUGAGAAGGCUUGCAUUGACGUUGUCAACGAGGAGGGUAUCAUGACCAAGGACUUGGCUCUGGCCUGUGGCCGCAAGGAGCGUGAGGCCUGGGUCACCACCCGCGAGUACAUGGCUGCCGUUGAGCGCCGCCUCGAGUCCAGCCUCAAGGCUCGCCUGUAAAUCAUUUCCUUGUUGCAUUUUUGAAUAUUGCUUAGCGUGCGGCUCAUAAGGCUGGUUUGUGAUUUUCUAGUUUUUUUUUGGAUUGAAGGACGACAUACCAUGGUGACCACAUUGUACAGUUCUGGGCUGGGAAGGAAGGGGCAAUUGCACAAGCCCCCUGACCCGAAUGCAAGGUCAAGAUGUAUAGCAUCUUUCUAACUGGAAUUUUUCCUGGACCUUUGUAUAAGCUCUGUCUCCGCGUUGUUCCUACACUUCCCAUGUGUGAUGAUGAAAAAUUAUGUACAUGCCAAACAAAUAAUGGAAUAUGCCUGCUGACAA